CACAACAACAACAUGACGCCAACGCAGUGGCUGGCGAUCCCCACCGACAUAAUAUUAACCAAGUUCCCCCCGAAGGUCCCCCUCGUCCAGGACGCCAGCGAUGUCCUGCCUAUCAACGGAAAGAAGAUGACGGUCAAGCAGGAGCCAGCCUCGCCCACAGAGACCACGGAGACGGCCAUAGAGACCACUGACACGGCGGCUUCCAGCGUGCCUGUGAGCCCCAUGAAAAGUCAGCUGUGUACCUCGCACGAUGGAGAGACAAAAUUCAUGCUGGAGUACCACGCGGCGUCACUGGCCACCGCCGCAGCAGCCCAGUUGAAACAAGCAAACAUCAUCAUUGUCACCUCGAGGCCAAAGAACCCGGAUUACAAGGUGCGGGAAUUCACAGUGGCCACCAAGCGCAGCCGGCCAGUCAACUUUAAGCUCCUGCUGGCCAAUGUGGGCGUACGGCUGUCCAUCAGCCUCACCUACCAGGGCCACAUCUAUGGGGACAAGCCAGUCAAGCGGUGCAAGAAGCAUGACGAGUGUUCCUGGUGUGAAGACCACAAGUAUAAUGAAGCCUUCUGCAUCAUCAGCAAGUUCCACCACUACGAGCUUGACCCCAAGGGCAACCCAACAGCUAUUCUUACCCCACAAGUCGAACACCUGGACACAGAUGGCUCAAUACAGUUCUCGGUGGUGUUCGCCUGCUGGAACUCGUGUGAUAUCCACGUACCCUUUGGCAAGGAGAUGACGCUGCACAUCGAAAUUACUCAUAAUGGGGAUGUGAAGAAGGUGGAGUACAACAUUCAGUGUUGCCAGAACCUCCUGAGAGAUGCCUUCAAGGACAGGAAGAGAAAGUUGUUUUCCCAGUCAGAGAACACACAAGAGAAUCCCUCCAAAGCUUCCGCUGCCUCCUCCAAGACCUCCAGUACCUCGUCCUCAUCCUCAAAGCUAUCCUUGAAAGCCUCGACCAAAGCCUCCUUGUCUUGCCCGCCCACCUCACCGCCCACCUCACCCACCAGAGUCAAAAAAGAAAAGGCUGUGGAUAUUGUUGUG